GACUGAUUUGACAAGGCAGAUAGGAUAGUUGCACAGAAAACCGUAAUUGUAUUUAAAUGACUUUGGAUAAUUUUGAAGAUAUAAUGUUUCUUUGAGUGCAAAGUAACUUUGUGAAAAGGGAAUAGUACUAUUCUUCUGCUCUCAGUUACUUCCCCAUCUGGACCCAUCUGUGACUUCCAGCCAAUUAGCAGAGGCCCCCUGAAGCCCUGGCUCCUCCCGCUGUCCCUGUGCCAUGGCGAAGAGUGACACGUGGCCGGGCGGCGUUGCCAUGGAAUCCUUGAUCAAUAUGGACAGCGCUGGGAGCUAUGACAGUGUGGUCAGCAUGAACUCUGGCUUUGUGCGUGCAGAAGCUAUUUCCUCCCUUACCCUAAACCACUAACCAGGAGAAUAGCUGAGACUCUGAUUUCACCGGUUUAUGUUUGAUUUUGUUUAUGUGCUGCACUGCUGCCAUUGUGGUAAACAUUUUGGAAUUGAUCUAGCUAGAUGCAACAUGUCAAAAAAUGAAAGGGUGCCUUUCUCGCUCCCGUCUUGGAUUUGAUUUAUUGACAAUGAAUUGAUAUGUUUAUAUACAGUAGUACAACUGUCUCCCAAUGCUAAGAGUCAGUGGGCUAGUGGGCUUGUUCAUGUUGUGGGUGAGAGAUUCAGAUGUUUGUUCAGAGAGGGGCCUCUGAGAGGUUCCACAGAAUGAGAGAGAAAUGAGAGAGAGCGACUGCUUUGAGGACCCAGUCUGUUCAUUUCAGAGUUGUUCAGCGGCCCCUCACUAAAAUCCACUGCAAUACAUUCCUCUGGCAGUGCAUUAUAGGAUGAAAGCUAAAAGCUAGCCGGGAGGAGUACUGAGGUCAUUUCUAAUUCCCUCCCUGCUGUGUGAAAGAGUGAUGACAGUCUGGAGUACCUCUCUGUUGAGGAGCGGGCAUGCCUCAUGUUUCUGGAGUCCACCAUUGAGUCCCUGGAGAUGGAGGAGGACAGUGGCCUGUCCAAUGAUGAACCAGACCCCAGCAGCCUGGCAGCCGAACAUGACCACCUCUCUAUGGGACAGACUAGACUGGAGGAUGUAUCAAAACUCCAGCAUGACGACUCAGGAAGAGAUCGGAAGUCUUAUCUGAACUGCCGAGUGCCUACACCACUUCUUCUGGCAAAUGGCCUUGCCAGUAUCCAGCUCAAAGUCACAGGGGCAACCACUCAUCCCAGUGUCCCAACUGCAGCAAUUGAGCCCAAAGCCCCAUUAGUAGCAAACCAGCCCAGUACCCCAGGGGCAGUCACUGAUCUGAAACCCCAAAAGGUAAUCACUGAACCCACAGUCCCAGAAGUAGUCACAGACCCUAAAGCUCCAAAGAUAGCAACUGUGCCCAAGACCUCAGAGUUGUCUUCUGAAAUCAAAGCUCCUGGGUUGGCCACUAUCACAAAAGUUCCGGUGCUGUCCACUGAAUUUAAAACCCCCAAAACAACCCCUUCAUUAGCCACGUCAGAUUUACCCACAGAUGAUUCUGUGGACAACAUGCCUAAAGGAGUCUCUGUAGACAGCAAGCCUGCGAAGUGCAACACUAAGGUUCCAUCUGAGCUGGAUCUGAAGCUGAUUCCCCCUCCCUCAGACUUCAGGGAUGAUGAGCUAGAGGAAGAGAGUGAUCCUCCAGUGCCUGCAGAACUCAGAGGUCCUCUGACCUACAUUGAGCUGGAGCAACUACGCAGGCAGGUCUCCAUGAAGAGAGCUGCACCAGCCUCCCCUGGAGCCCAAGAGGCACCACCUUCUAAACCCUGUGUUGAUUUGCCUGUCAGUACCCAAGCACUACCCUCCCCCUCAGAUGUCCUACCCACCCCUAUUUCUGAGGCCCUGGAACCAAAGAGCCGACCUGCUGUGGCCCCUAAGCCCAAGAGGCUUCCCUCCAACAUUAUCCUGAAGUCUCACAAGUUAGACAGUCACCCAAGCCCCUCGCCCAUUGACAGGUCAAUGAUUGACCCCCAGAAGGUGCGCAGGGAGGCCCUACGGAAGCUUGGGCUCCUGAAGACUGAAGAUGGAGACUCAGGCCCUGUUGUUUCAUCCAAAUCCAGGAAGUCAUGGGCAUCCCCUCCUUCUCACAGCCUGGUUACCACCCAGACCAAAGCCCCAGCCAAAAUCCCUACCCCAGCUCCAGUCCCAGCCAUCACCCUUACCCCAGUUCCUGCCCCAGCACUAACUCCAGCACUAGUCCCAGCCCCAGUUUCAGCGACUAUCCCAGCCCCUCCCACUACCCCAGCCCCAGUCCCAGCCCAAUUCAGUGACAAUGCCAAAACUCUGCCCUCACCUGCUACACUUCCUUCACCACCCAAGCAUAUUCCCCCUCCCAUAGGGGUCAAAUCAGCGACUCUGGAGCGCUCUGGCAAGGGCCUGAGCAGCUACAUGGCCAGUAAUACCUCCCUCGGGGCCAACCAAGGUCCCAAAGUCGCACUGUCCCCUGGCAACCUGCGAAACUCUAGACCCCGCCCCGCCUCCCUAGGAACUGGGAAAGACUUUGUGAAUGUUCAGGGUGAGGCCUCCCACCCCCAGCCAGUUCAUGGGGAGUCCCAUAACAAGCUGCCCCGCUCCCAUGGCAUCAGUGUGCUCAUCUGCCCCAACAGCAAGAGUGGAGAGGACCGACGGGAGGCCCUGAAGAAGCUAGGACUGCUGGGGGACUGAGGGCAUGAAGAGGGGCAAUGGAACUGCACCAUUACAGAAUCAAUAUGAGGGGUGAGGUCUGAGGAGGAUGUUCUCAAUAUGGAUUCCGCACAACUAAGCCAUCCUCUAGUCUUUGGUCACUGGGACACUUACAUUUAUGAGAAGAUUAUUCUCCCCAUAAAAAUGCCUUCUUUGAAGCAAUAUGCAAGGAGCACUAUUUGAUUGAUGGAGAAUUACUUGGCUCUACAGACAGCUACAGUAUAUAUUCAUAGAGGGCAGUGUAUUUUUGCCUUACUGCACAGAAAUGCUGUAUGUACCCGAAAACUGCCUUUUAAUGAAUAUCAUGAUUACAAUAUACUACUAUGAGAUACUACACUAACUACAGUAUGCAGUACAGUAGGUAAAUGAAAGGCUGUUUGUAAACCUCAUUUGACAUAUUCAGUCAUUUUCUAAAUAAAAUAUAAUAAACUCCAUGAGGGAUGUUGUGUUAUGAAAUUGUAUGGCAUCCUCUACACAGUCUGUUUUCUAAAAUGGGGAAUAGACAUGAUGUCAUUGUUACAGUUAAGGAUGCGCCUUUAUAACUUCUCUUUUCACGUAACCCUUUGACAAGAAUACUAUCGUUUUAACUUCCUAAAGUUCCUCUAACCUCCCCUCAAAGUUAUUGUUUUUUGGGGGGACCAUGACAACCAGUAAAAAUGUUUUUGCUGAGUUGCAAUUUGAAUCUGACUCAAUUAAAGGUGUCUAAAGACUUUGUUUGAUGGAGUGAUUGGCAGUUGUCAAGGAACCAAAUUAAAAGGUAGAAAAAUGGACUACUACAUAGCGUACAGUACGUAGAUAGAAGCUUCAGUCAGUCAGUGGCCAGUCAGUGAUAGGAAUCUGAAACAUGGUUUUAGGUGUGAUGCACAUCACAACCCAACCCAGGUCUGUCAGUGGUGAGAUUAUUGAAACACUGUUUUUAUAGUUGAGAGAGCGACUUCCUGAUUGUUCCUAAGAUUGUAUCACCUCCUAAAAUUCUACCAGUUUGGGUUCAUGUAGUUACUAUUCAUUGUCUGUCAAAAUUCAUCACUCUCAAACUGUUAGCGUAGCAUUUAGAAUUGAAAGAGAAGGGAAAGGGGAUGCCUAGUCAGUUGCGUAACUGAAUGCAUUCAACCGAAGUGUGUCUUCCGCAUUUAACCCAACCCCAGAAGUGGCUCAUUAAGUGUUACCCGUGGCAGGACUUUUUAAACCAUGUCAACGUUUUGUUUUGUAAAUAGAGAAUAAACCUU